AUGGCCUCCAAUAAAGCUGUGCUGCAAAAAAUGGGAAAGAAACAGAAUGCAAAGAGUAAAAAAGUCGAAGAGGCAGAACCUGAAGUAUUUGUCGUAGAAAAAGUACUGGACCGACAUGUAGUGAAUGGGAAGGUGGAGUGUUUCCUGAAGUGGAAGGGAUUUACAGAUGCAGACAAUACUUGGGAACCCGAAGAAAACUUUGAUUGUCCAGAGUUGACUGAAGCAUUUCUUAAUUCUCAAAAAGCUGGUAAAGAAAAAGAUGGAACAAAAAGAAAAUCUUUAUCUGACAGUGAAUCUGAUGAUAGCAAAUCAAAGAAGAAAAGAGAUGCUGCUGAUAAACCAAGAAGUUUAGCCGGAGGUCUCGACCCAGAGCGAAUAACUGGUGCCACAGACAGCAGUGGAGAAUUCAUGUUUCUCAGGAAAUGGAAAGAUUCAGAUGAGGCGGACUUGGUGAUGGCAAAGGAGGCAAAUAUGAAGUGUCCUCAAAUUGUAAUUGCUUUUUAUGAAGAGAGACUAACUUGGCAUUCUUGUCCAGAAGAUGAAGCUCAAUAAUUG